CUACUCCUUUCGCUUUCUCUCUCCUCCAUUUCUUCGACUGAUCUCUGCAACAUGAGAUAAUAGACCGACCGAUCGCGACUCGACUCCGAUCCCCUCCGCCUUCCUCCUCCCCAAUCCGUCGCCGCACCGAUCCGAUUCCGACUGAAUCCAAGAACCCGGGUCGGAUCCCCCGCCGGAACCACCACCUUCCGCCGCCGCCGCCGCAGAUCCGAAGCUGCAGUCAUGUCGUGCCUCGCCCUCUCCCUCCAGCCCGUCAACGGAUCCGACAUCCUCCUCCAGACCCGGGAGUGGUUCCCCCCCGCCCGCGCCCUCGUCGCCCUCUCCGCCUUCCGCCUCACCCGCUUCUCCUACUCCAAGCCCUCCGCCGCCUCCUCCGCCGCCGCCGCCGCCGCCGAUCCCGACCCCUCGUCCUCCUCCGAAUCCAUCGGCGACGACCCCCUCGCCGCCUCCGGUGGCCAGGUCAUCGUCGGCGUCGAGUCGCGGUACCGCGUCAUCUACCGCCUCGUCAACAGCAUCUACGUCCUCGGCAUCACCACCGCCGACCAGGACAACUCCGUCAACGUGUUCGAGUGCAUCCACAUCGUCAACCAGGCCGUCAGCGUCGUCGUCGCCGCCUGCCGCGGCGUCGACGUCACCCCGGAGAAGCUCGGCCGCAAGUACGCCGAGAUCUACAUGGCCCUCGACAUCGUCCUCCGCGGGGCGAGCAGCAUCCGCCUCGCCGCGAUGCUGUCAUCGAUGCACGGCGACGGGAUCGCCAAGCUGGUGCAUUCCGGGAUCGACACCGAGAGCAAGAUCCGCGGGGCGGAUAGCUGGGCCGGCGUCGAGGUGCAUUCCGCCGAGCGCCUGGCGGGCAUCGAGGUGUUCGCCAGCGCGCGGUUCGAGGUGCCGCCGGAGACGCUGGAGGCGGGGGAUGAAGUGGUGGCGACCAUUGCUCCGGUGACUCAAAUUGAGCAGAGCGAUAGCCAGGAUACGAAAGGUGAGGAAGAAGAGAGUGAAGGGCCUAAGGACCCAUUUGCAGCUAGCGAUGCUUUGAAUAAGCCUGAGGCGUUAGUGAGUGGGUUUAAGAAGAACAGGGAUCCGUCGGCCACGGAUUUGACGCUGGCCUUGGUAGGGCUGGAGGUGACGACCCUGCCGCCUGCCGAGGCCACGCAAUCCACGCAUAUUGGUGUGGAGGGUUUCGAAGGGGAUUAUGGUGGCAUAGAGUUUGGGAAUGAGCAGGCUUCUCUAGGGGAGACUUUCGAAGGGUUCGGUGAAGCUUGGGGCGGGGGUUUGGAUCCGUCCGAGUUUGUCGGUCCCAAAAAUGCUGCUAAACCUCAAGGUCUCGGUGGCCUUGAAUUUCUGGGAACGGGAGAAGGUGGUGCGGCCAAAGCAGCAGUGGAUAAAGCCGCAGAGGGUAAAGCGGGAGAGGGUACUCCGCUUGAGAAUCUUUUGGUGAAGAAAACUGAAAUGAAGGGUCCGGAGAUGUAUGUCUCGGAGGAGAUUAGUGCAGAAUUUAGGGAAUCACUGGUUGCUAGAGUAGGACUGAUGGGUGCUGUUUACUUGAGAACAUUACCGCCUAAAACUGCUGGUGAUAAAGAAACUGAGUUUUCCUUCCGGGUUGAUGGUACGAGUGCUGUUAAACGGUUUGUAAUGCAGAGUUCUCGUGUUAGCAGCCUCGGUAAUGGUUUAUUCCAUGUGAGAACGGCUCCUUCAGAUGAGCCUAUACCUAUUCUGAAGUAUAGCUUGCUCCCAAGGUUAACACCGCUACCAUUGAGGGUUCGCCUUACAAAACGACAUAGUGGGACUUUACUUUCUGUGAUGAUACAGUAUGCUUCCAAUCCUGAAUUGCCAGCACCAUUGCACGAUGUGACCUUUAUCCUGAAACUUCCAGUUGACCCAAGUCUACUGAAGGUUUCACCAAAAGCCAUGCUGAACAGAUCAGAAAAAGAAUUGAAGUGGUUUGUCCCAGAGAUCCCUCUGAAUGGUGCUCCAGGCAAAUUAAGGGUUAGAAUGCCUGUGGAUACAAGUGCAGAAGAGGGUGAUGAGGAGAUUGAGGUUGUGGGUUAUGUUAAAUUUUCUUCACAACACACUAGCUCUUUAUCUGGGGUUUGUUUACGGCCUGCUUCUGAAGGUAAUACAGACUUCUAUGAGGUUAACCACAAGUAUGAGAGUGGGGUUUAUACUUGUAAUUGAUUAUGACAAAAUUGAUUUUCUGGUUAGACUGUAUCUCAUUGUGAGGUUUGUACUAGGUGUGUGAAGCUGGGAUUAGUUUGUAGCAUUCUUUGAAUAUGAUCUUGUUGGCUCAAAUUCCAUUUUAAUGUGAGUAUUGCACCUUCGGUUGUUUUAUUUGUCAUGUCUUUUCCAGUUUAAACAAGCGUAUAAUAGUUUGGGAACCUCUAUGAA